CUGCGCUCUUUCCCGCUUCGUCCUCGGCGCGGCUGGAUCCCGGUCUCCCGCGGCCUCCCGUUGCUCCGCCUGCCUCUCUCCGGGCAGCUGCGAUGCGCCUGAUCCACAGCAUGGGCACCAUCGCCGAGCAGCCCCAGGCGGGGAGCGCCCCGGGCGGAGGAGAGAGCGGCGGGCUGGGCGGCCACGCCGGCCGCCCCCGCCUGGUCAAGAUCGCCGUGGUGGGGGCGAGCGGCGUGGGCAAGACCGCUCUGGUGGUGAGGUUUCUCACAAAACGGUUCAUUGGUGACUAUGAACGCAAUGCAGGUAAUCUGUACAGCAGGCAAAUCGAAAUAGAUGGAGAGAUGCUUGCAAUACAAGUCCAAGAUACGCCAGGCAUACAGAUCCAUGGACAAAGUCUGGAGUGUAACGAACAGCUAAACAGGUGCAUUCGAUGGGCAGAUGCUGUGGUAAUUGUCUUUUCAAUCACAGACUACAAAAGUUACGAACUGCUCAGUCACUUCCACCAGCACAUACGACAGCUGCACCCCGGGAACAGAGUGCCGGUUGUGGUGGUUGCCAACAAAGCAGACCUCCUCCAUGUUAAAGAGGUGGAACCCCAACACGGACUGCAGCUGGCCAGCAUGUUGGGGUGUACUUUCUAUGAAGUGUCUGUCAGUGAGAACUACAAGGAGGUUUUCAGUGCUUUCCAUAGCCUGUGUAAAGAUGUCUCUAAGCAACAAUCCGUCAGCACCCCAGAGAAGAGGAGAACUUCUCUCAUCCCAAGGCCAAAGUCUCCCAACAUGCAGGACUUGAAGAGGAGGUUUAAGCAAGCCUUAUCGGCGAAAGUGAGAACUGUCACUUCAGUCUGAAAGACCAGCCUACUUUCCAAUGCACAAUCCUACAGUUCCUGUUUGGGAAUGCUGGUCUAGGGCUCUGUGGUGCCCAGCAAAGGCAGAGUCCAGAUGUUCAAACAGUUGUUGGAUAGUUCAAUAUAGUGUUGUGUAAAGGAGAACCAGCACUGAAGUCCAAAUAAGUCCCUGAAGAGGCAGUAGAGCAUGGAAUUUCAUAUUGAAAAACAGGACUUUUGACUGAAUGGAUAUUUUCUUGCUCUGUAGUGGAACUUGGAUAAUUCUGAUACAUGUAUUAUCCUGCCACUUAAACUGCAGGGGGUGGAGCAGAGAAGAAAUGCUCUGGCUGCCAUCUAAUUCGAUGGAAAACAAGUUGUGUUUUUUACAUCAGGAUCUUACUUUCUUUGGUAUUGGACAAAGGUUGUUCCCCACCACCCUGUGCUCACCAGAGCCUUAAGUUGCAUUUUUAAAACUGCUGUUUAGCACAAAUUCACACCCUUUUGCCAAUUCAAAGAGUGUACAACAAAAUGGGCAUUAUUGACUGUAUGACUAUGGACGUUUUGUACUAUGAAUAUUGUUGAGUGUGAUUAUUGAAGAUAAUGCUGUGAUCACUCUUCAAAGACUGAUCACCUGAUGCAAUGUUGUGGCUUUCCAGAUGUGUUUUUGAUUUGGAUUGAUGGAUGGAUGGUGAUUAUUGUAAAUCCUCACUUAAUUGCUCUGGUCAUGGAGGCAAUUUCCUCUUAUCUCUGUCCAGUAAGAUUGUUUGGCUGUGGUCUGUGAGGCUGAUUUUUCUUGGCUGAACCGUUUUCCAGUGAAGGCAUGUGGGAUCUUGCGCACGACUGGUGGUUGUAGAUCCAAAUCGUCAAACUUGUUACAUGGCAUCAAUGGGAUUUGGGUUUAAGGGCUAUGAGCCUUACACCAAUGCACUUUAAAAAAAAAAAAAAAAACACCUGUGUGUUUCCUGUUAAGCUGUUAACUUAUUUAUUUUUACUUGAUAGCAACUCUUUAUGUGAAACACAGCUUGUUCAUUGUUUCAGUAUUAAAUCUAACAGAAGGAUUUUCUGGUGUGAUUAUUUGUUUUCUUUCCAGAUUUCAAAAAGCAACAACCUAAGAGGAAGGGAUUGGCGACAAGCAUCUGUUUUGCUUCCAAACCAUCCAAAUCACUGUAAUCAAGUAAAGGGAACUUAAAACAAUCGUUAGGUGUGUCAGUGACAGAUCGCACGGUCAGAGCUGCGCAUGCGAUUCUUUGCCCCGUCUCCUGCUGUUUUCCUUCAAACUGAGAAGCAGUCACGGGGAGGAGGGCAAAGUAGAUCAGGGCUCUCAGAUAAGCGCUUAACACUUUCUUUGUGUUUAUUCUCCUGUAGAAUUCAUGUACGUACUGAGAGCCAGUUUGGUGUGGGGGUGAAGAGCGGUAGGACUCUAAUCUGGAGAGAUUUGUUUGAUUCCCCACCCCUCCACUUGAAGCCAGCUGGGUGACCUUGGGUCAGUCACAGCUCUCUCAGAGCUCUUUCAGCCCCACCCACCUCACAGGGUGAUUGUCGUGAGGGUAAUAAUAACAUACUUUGUAAACUGCUCUGAGUGGGCAUUAAGCUAUUCUGAAAGGUGGUAUAUAAAUCGAAUGUUGUUGUAGCCGUGUGGGGAAUAGAGGAAUAUAGGGACCUGUCUUUUCUCCAUGGCUAAAAGCAACUAGGGAAGGAAGGAUUUUGCUGGGGAAAUGGUGCAAUACCUCA